GCUUGCUAAUCUUAGCUAAUGCUCACAAGGUUAGCUUCAGUGUUGUACAGUCAGAUAGCAAAGCAUACUUUUGUGUUUUACCUGUUUCGAAUAUCACUCCCACACGUUUAAGCUAUCUAGUUAUAAUUUAGGACAUUUUGAGUAUUUGUUUAUGCUAGCUAGUUAGCCUUGCUGGCUAACUAGCUAACAAAAAUCCAGAUGCUGGAAUUUGAUACAAAUUACGGUAGCUAGCCAAUGUGUUUACCUCUAUAUUUCUUACUAAAAAUAUGUAUGUGUGUAGUUAGCUAUGAUCUUUCAUAGUCUUAUGGGAUGUUGAAAUGGAAAAAUAUAAUGUUAUACAAAGCCCAUACUAAAGUAGGUUAGCUAGCUUGCUAACUCAACUAACGUUAGCUGAUAUGAUUAUGCUUGCUUUGUUUUGAAAAGGACCAUAAUAAUGUUUGUUUCAUCUGCAUGGAUGCACCAUCUACAGCAUUCAGGUGAAGUCAUGAGUGGGACCAGUUGUAAAGCGAACGGCGCCGUCUACCCGGCAUCGACAACUGUAAUGACCACGGUGAAGAAGCCGAAGAUGGAGCAGAUUCAAGCAGACCAUGAGUUGUUUCUACAGGCCUUUGAAAAGCCAACUCAAAUCUACAGAUUUCUCCGCACAAGGAACCUGAUUGCACCUAUAUUCUUGCACAGGACUCUUACCUUCAUGACCCACAGAAACACUCGAACAAAUGCCAAAAGGAAAACUUUCAAGGUGGAUGACAUGCUGCUCAGAGUUGAGAAGAUGAAGGGAGAGCAGGAAUCUCACAGCUUGUCCUCACACCUGCAGCUUACCUUCACUGGAUUCUUCCAUAAGGAUGAAAAGCCAUCUCAGAAUUCAGAAAACGAACAGAGCUCGGUCUCUCUAGAGGUGCUACUUGUCAAAGUCUGCCAUAAAAAACGAAAGGAUGUCAGCUGCCCGGUGAAGCAAGUGCCUACAGGUAAAAAGCAAGUGCCUUUAAAUCCUGACUGCAGCAACCAAACCAAGCCUGGCUCCCUGCCCUCCCUGCUGGUGUCCAGUAACGAGUUUGAGCCCAGCAACAGCCACAUGGUCAAGUCCUACUCGCUCCUGUUCAGGGUCUUACGCACCGGGAGGAGGGACAUGAACGGCCUUGUGAACGGCGAGGCCAACGAGAACAUAGAUGUGACAGAGGUGCCCAGCAGAAAGAAGAGAAGCUCCGCCCACAGAGAAGAUGGAGAGACCACAGAGACCUUUGUUGCACAGAUGACCGUGUUUGACAAGAACAGGAGAUUGCAGCUGCUGGAUGGGGAGUAUGAAGUGUCCAUGCAAGGGAUGGAGGACUGCCCUGUCAGCAAGAAACGAGCCACGUGGGAAACCAUUCUGGAUGGGAAGAGGCUGCCACCGUUCGAGACGUUCUCUCAGGGACCCACGCUGCAGUUCACUCUGCGCUGGACAGGUGACGCCAGCGACAAGUCCACAGCCCCCGUGGCCAAGCCCCUGGCCACACGCAACUCUGACGGCUCCAGCCCCGUGGAGAGCAGGCCCAGCACACUCAAAUCUGCCCCCCUGUCUGUGAAGGCCUCUGUCAGCACAGACAUCCAGAUGAAAAGAGAACAGAUCCUGUGUGAACCCAGGCAGAAACUGCGUAUAUUUUACCAGUUCCUGUACAACAACAACACGCGGCAGCAGACGGAGGCUAGAGACGACCUCCACUGUCCCUGGUGCACCUUGAACUGUAGGAAGCUUUACAGCCUGCUAAAACACCUCAAACAGUCCCACAGCCGGUUCAUUUUCAAUUACGUGCCUCACCCUAAAGGUGCUAGGAUAGACGUGUCCAUCAAUGAGUGCUACGACGGCUCCUACGUGGGAAACCCCCAGGACAUCCACAGCCAGCCCGGCUUCGCUUUCAGCCGCAACGGCCCCGUCAAGAGGACUGCUGUGACACACGUACUGGUGUGCAGGCCCAAGCGGACGAAGCCCAGCCUGUCAGAGUUCUUGGAGUCUGAGGAUGGGGAGCUGGAGCAGCAAAGGACCUAUGUGAGCGGACACAACCGCCUGUACUUCCACAGUGACAGCUGCAUGCCUCUCAGACCCCAGGAGAUGGACGUGGACAGCGAGGACGAGAGAGACCCUGAGUGGCUGAGAGAGAAGACCGCCACGCAAUUGGAUGAGUUCACAGACGUCAACGAGGGCGAGAAGGAGGUGAUGAAGCUGUGGAACCUGCACGUCAUGAAGCAUGGGUAUGUACCUAAAAGCUGUGGCUUCAUAGCCGACAACCAGAUGAACCAGGCCAGCAUGCAGUUCGUGGAGAAGUGCGGCGCCUACAUCGCCCGCCGCAACCUCUGCCGCAACUUUCUGCUGCACCUGGUCAGCAUGCACGACUUCAACCUGGUCUCCGUGGCCACCAUCGACCGCGCCAUGUCCCGCCUCCGCCACAUCCAGGAGGAGCUGCCCGACGCUGGGGCGGACGACCAGGUUGACCGGGCCCUCAUGGAGGGCGCCUGCAAUGGCACCGCAAUCGCCUGCAGCUCUGGCGGGGGUGGUGGGACCAAGCACGGCAAGAGGACAAAAAGCUCCGUGACUGACUGAUGAACUGAUGGCAUUUGGUGGCAGCAGUCGAUCCGACCCAUUCAUUUUCAUUGUUAUAACUGUCACCCUUGGUGCUUAGCUAGGUGGGAGGAAGAUGUCAAUGGAGGAUUGUCUUGUAUUGACUCAAGACAUACAAAUAUAGCUACACACACAACACAGGCAUAUGAAGACUCACUGUAAUGUGAGGUUUUACCAAGUCAUUAUGCACCGUGAGACAGUUUUAGUGAUUCUUGGUGGUUUCGGGGGUGUGAAGAAACUAGGGGAAUCACUUGAAAGGUAUUGUAAUCAUGCUUUGACUCCCUUUGUUAUCACGUUGUAAUCAGAAACUGUAUUGAGUGGAUAUACAGUAAGUCAUGCAUAUUGGUAACAUUGUCACUCCUGAUUAUCUGUAUUCCAUAACCCAGUCUGUUUGGCUCUCAUGAUCCUUUUAUUUGAGUAUUGUUAGCACUUGGUAAUAAUUUGUAUUAGUGAAUUGUUUUAAACUUGAGUUGAAUCACCAUUUUAAUUUUAUUCUGCGCAACUGCAUCAAUUGUCAGAUUCACCCCGUCUGUCUUGAAUCCCCGGAAUCCUUAUCAGGAUUUUAUUUGUUUUGAUUUGAUGUAUGUUGAUUCUCAUGUUUCUGUUGAUACUAUCUUGAGUAAAGAAGGAACAGUGGACUAUUUUUCCACACGACCGGAUUACUCUUUGCAUCCAUAGCUUGAGGAUAUUAAGCCAAGAUGAACCACAAACUGCCAGCACAUUCGCCCUUUUUAUGUAGACUACCUAGCUCUUCUACAGGGGUGUGUUCACUAGGAACCAAGCGGAAGCAAACGGGACAAAACGGGGCGGGACCUACCUGUAUUUGUCCAAUAGGAAAUUCUUGUUUUUGUUGCAAAAUGUUUUCUGUUGUGAAAUGUUUUGCCACGGUUUGCUACUGUGUGCACUAAUGAAUACACCCUAGAUAACAUGACUACAACCUAUGGACGUUUUAUGACAUGCUGGAACCUGUAUUAUGGUUAACUAGGUUUGAGGGACAUCUGGAACUCAAGCUGUUUUUGAUGUUCAUUGAUCUUCAUAAACGGGUGAGAUAGGAAGUGUUGGACAACACUCCUUACAGACACUUUGUAUACAUUGUAAUAAUGUCAAUAUCUAGCUAUAUCCCAUUGUGAACCUGAUUAUCACUGAUUAUGGACAUGUAGGAUUUUUCUUCAAAGGCAAUAUGCUGUUUGUUCAUUGGAAAUGGGUCCUAGUUGAUAUGUGUCUAUCCUACUAUUAGGCUCUGUUUAAAUGCCAAAGGGGGUGAUUUUCAGUAAGUUUCUCAGUUCUGCGCACAUUUUUUUUUUGUUGCUGCAUCAUUUCAAAACUUUAAAUGCCAAGCGGUGUAUAAGCCUUAGCUGUGUUUUUGCGUUGUGUGAGUGCACAAAUUGAACAAAAGCAGUAGUUUUGGUGCUUCGUUGCACACCUUUUCCCUCAACUCCAUGGACCAGUCUUUUACUUCCUUGUACCUUUAUGCACGUUUUUGAUCGGCUGGAUAUAAGGGUAGAAAACAAUCAAUUCACCAUAUUGACAAACCACCGUUGAAGUCGUGAAUUAUGUUAUAAACUUUGGAUAUGGGGAUUUUAUAUUUAAAAUAAAAUACAUUUGACCUUG